AUGUUGAACUUUGAGAAAUUUGAAAGUUCCAGUGUAAUAAAAUAUAUAUUCCUGAACAAAUGGAUCACCUCCUUAGCACUGAAAAGCGACGUUGACGAGACUGGUGUCGCGUUGACUGGAUUUUCUCGCGAGUUUCACUUUAUUUCCGAGACAUGUACACGCACGAAGUACCAAUAUACUUUAACGAAAAAGUACUGCCACCUGAAACACCGAUCGGCUGUUGUACGUGGCCGCGUUGUCACGCAUCUUGGCACCGGUUUGAUGGGGGUGCGAGUCAGCACCAGCACACCCCUGGAAGGCUUCACGUUGACGAGAGACGACGGCUGGUUCGAUCUACUGGUGAACGGGGGUGGCGCGGUCACCCUACAAUUUGGAAGAUCGCCAUUUAAUCCGCAGAGCCACAUUGUUUUCGUGCCGUGGAACGAGGUGGUGAUAAUCGACAAGAUCGUCAUGAGCAUAGCGGAAGGGAAGCAACCGAACCACGUUCCACACGCGUGUGCGGCUCACGACUACGACUUGAUGAAACCAGUGGUUCUAGCAACGUGGAAACACGGCUUCCAAGGAGCUUGCCCCGACAAGAGCGCCAUCCUAGCCGAGUCCCAAGUGAUCCAAGAGAGCCUGCAGAUUCCUGGCACAGGGCUGAAUCUCGUCUACCACAGCUCCAGGGCAGCUGGAUAUCUGUCCACCAUACAACUGCAAUUGACUCCAGAAGUCAUACCACCAACUUUAAACCUGAUCCACCUGAGGAUCACCAUAGAGGGCAUCCUGUUCGAGAAAACGUUCGAAGCGGAUCCAGUGAUAAAGUUCACUUACGCUUGGAACCGGCUGAACGUGUACAGACAACGCGUCUACGGGGUGACCACAGCUAUGGUGAAAGUUGGAUACGAGUACAACGAUUGCAAAGACAUCAUCUGGGACGUUCAAACGACGAAACUCAGUGGCCAUGAUAUGUCCAUCUCCGAGGUCGGUGGCUGGAACUUGGACGUUCAUCAUAGAUACAAUUUCCACGAGGGGAUCCUUCAGAAAGGAGACGGUUCAAAUAUUUACCUGAAGCAGAAGCCUAGGGUGAUUCUAACCACCAUGGGUGACGGGCAUCAGAGACCUCUGGAUUGCUACGAUUGCGAUGGACAGGCUUCUAAACAGAGGCUCCUUGCACCGGUGGCUCUUGCAACUGCACCUGACGGAUCUAUCUUCGUUGGGGACUUCAAUUUGGUUAGGAAGAUUCUCGUGGAUGGCACGGUCAGGACCGUUGUUCGGCUCAAUGCAACAAGGGUGUCUUACCGUUAUCACAUAGCUCUCAGCCCUCUGGACGGUUCUCUUUACAUCUCUGAUCCAGAAUCGCACCAAAUCAUCCGUGUACGAGACACGAACGACUACUCCGAUCCAGAUCACAAUUGGGAGACAGUGGUCGGCUCGGGAGAACGUUGUCUUCCUGGCGACGAAGCUCAUUGCGGCGACGGUGCGCUGGCCAGAGACGCGAAACUUGCCUAUCCCAAGGGAGUGGCUGUCUCAGCGGACAACGUGCUCUAUUUCGCCGAUGGAACCAACAUCAGAAUGGUCGACAGAGAUGGCAUAAUCACCACGGUGAUUGGAAACCACAUGCACAAGUCGCACUGGAAGCCAAUUCCUUGUGAAGGAACAUUGAACGUCGAAGAAGUCCAUCUUCGUUGGCCGACAGAGUUAGCCAUCAAUCCUCUGGACAACUCGCUGCACAUGAUAGACGAUCACAUGGUUCUUCAAUUGGCUCCUGACGGUCGUGUCAAGGUAGUUGCCGGACGUCCUCUCCAUUGUGCUUCGCCUUCUUCCUCCUUCGAUACCGAGCUAGCCACGCAUGCGACAUUGGUAAUGCCUCAGAGCAUAGCAUUCGGCCCCUCAGGAAAUUUGUACAUAGCAGAGAGUGACUCUCAGAGGAUCAAUCGCGUGAGAGUGAUCGGCACGGAUGGUAAAAUUUCGCCGUACGCCGGAGCAGAGUCCAAGUGCAACUGUCUGGAACGUGGCUGUGAUUGUUUCGAGGCUGACCACUAUCUGGCUUCCACUUCGAAGUUCAACACCAUAUCCGCGGUGGCUGUCUCUCCGGAUGGAGUGGUUCACAUAGGCGAUCAAGCAAACUACAGAAUCAGAUCUGUGAUGGCGAGCAUUCCCGAUGCCAGUGGGGCUAGAGAGUACGAGAUUUAUUCGCCAGACACUCAAGAAAUCUACGUGUUCAAUAGAUUCGGCCAACACGUGGCUACCAAGAACAUACUCACCGGGGAGAUCGUUUAUCAGUUCACUUACAACGUGAACACCAGCAACGGGAAGCUCAGUACCGUCACAGACGCAGCUGGAAAUAAAGUGUUCCUACUGAGGGACUACAGCAGCCAAGUGAACUCCAUUGAGAACACCAAGGGACAGAAGUGCAGGCUCAGGAUGUCCAGGAUGAAGAUGUUGCACGAGCUGAGCACCCCGGACAAUUACAACGUGACCUUCGACUACCAUGGACCCACUGGUUUAUUGAAAACCAAAUUGGACAGCACGGGAAGGAGCUACGUUUACAAUUACGACGAAUUUGGUCGGCUGACGACUGCAGUCACUCCGACAGGCAAGGUGAUCAGUCUGACGUUCGAUCUGAGUCUGAAAGGGGCUGUGGUGAAGAUCGGGCAGAACAACAGGAAGCCAAUCUCGAUGCUGAUCAAGGGAUCGUCCGUGGUUACGAAGAUCGGAGAAGCUGAACAAAGAACGACAGUUCUCCCUGAUGGGUCCGUGGGCCAGGUCACACCGUGGGCUCAUACGGUCAGCACAGACACUUUGCCAUAUUCCGUAUUAGCCGAGAUAGAACCUCUGCUAGGCGAAAGCUACCCAGUGCCUGCCAAACAGAGGACAGAGAUCGCUGGAGACUUGGCGAACAGAUUCGAGUGGCGAUACUUCCUCAGGAAGCUUCAGGGGAAUAAGAAUAGAGGCAACUCGAAGUCGGUGGCUCAAGUUGGCAGGAAGCUUCGUGUCAACGGGGACAUACUGUUGUCUCUGGAAUAUGACAGAGAGACCAACAGCGUGGCUGUGUUCAUGGACGACGUGGAGCUUUUGAACGUAACCUAUGAUAGAACUGCGAGACCAGUUAAAUGGGGACCCAGAAAUGGGAUCUUCUCUGGCGUAGAGCUGGAGUACGACAGGUUUAGUAGAUUGACUAGCUGGACCUGGGGAGACAUCAGCGAGACCUACGGCUUCGAUAGAGCCGGGAGAUUGUACGAAAUUAAGUACAGUGACGGAACGUCGAUGGUGUAUGCGUUUAAGGACAUGUUCAGUAGUCUUCCAUUGAAAGUGACCACGCCGAGAGGAAGUGAUUAUCUGUUGCAAUACGACGAAGCUGGAGCGCUGCAGUCGCUGACCACGCCUAGAGGACAUAUCCAUGCGUUCUCACUGCAAACAUCCCUCGGGUUCUAUAAAUACCAGUACUACUCACCGAUGAACAGGCAUCCUUACGAGAUUUUGUACAACGAUGAUGGACAGAUCUUGGCCAAAGUGUAUCCUCAUCAGAGUGGCAAGGUUGCUUACGUUUACGAUCAUACUGGGAAACUAGAGACUACUCUUGCUGGGUUAUCCUCGAUUCAUUACACCUACCAAGAAACCACCAGCCUGGUGCACAGCAUCGACAUCAACGAGCCGAACUUUGAGAUGCGCAUAGAGUACAAGUACCACGCAGGGAUAGUCAAAGACGAGAAGAUCAAAUUCGGUAGCAAGAGUGGUUUGGACAAUGCUCGUUACCGUUACCAGUACGACGGCAACGCUAGGAUAUCCGGCAUCGAGGUCGACAUCAACGGCAAACAGCUUCCACAGUUACGCCUGAAGUACAAUCAAAAUCUUGGGAUAUUGGAGGGCGUGGGAGAUCUGAGAAUAUACAGGAACCUGUUCAAUAGAUCUGUGAUGCAGGAUAGUAGCAAACAGUUCUUCACUGUCACUGACUACGACGAGCACGGCCGAGUGAAGACAGUUCUGAUGAACAUCAGAUCGCUGGACGUGUUCAGAAUGGAAUUGGAGUACGACAACAGAAAUCGUAUAAAAAUGAGGAAACUGUCAAUUGGAAAGGACGCCAUGGAGAAGAAGGAGUGGACCAAGAUGGAGAAGAUCACCUACAACGCUGACGGGCAUGUAUUGGAAGUUGCUGACACGGAGAACAAUUGGCAGUAUGCUUAUGACGAGAACGGUAAUGUGAUCGGAGUCACCGAGCACAAUGAGAAGAUCGCGUUGGGUUACGACAGUGGUGACCGGGUUGUCCAAUACGGCGACGUGGAAUUUAACUCGUACGAUGGACGGGGAUUCGUUGUUAUUCGGGGAGAGCACAAGUACAGAUACAAUUCACGCGGCCAGCUGAUCCACGCCUCGGAGCACAAAAAGUUCCAGAUCUGGUACUUCUACGACGACCGUGGCCGAUUGGUAGCCUGGAACGACGACCGCGAGAACAUCACGCAAUUCUUCUACGCCAAUCCGAAAACGCCGGACCUCAUCACGCACAUCCACUUCCCCAAAUCCUCGAAAACCUUCCGGUUCCUCUACGACUCGCGCAACUUCCUCAUGACGGUGGAAACGUCGGAGCAGAGGUUCUACGUCGCGACAGACCAGAACGGAUCGCCCCUGGCGCUCUUCGACACCAACGGGAACCUGAUAAAGGAAAUGAGACGCACGCCAUUUGGAAAGAUCAUCAAAGACACGAAUCCAGACUUCUAUCUGCCCAUAGACUUCCACGGUGGCCUGCUGGAUCCCAACACCAAACUGGUCUAUCUAAAUAAACGAUUGUACGAUCCAACUGUCGGACAGUGGAUGACACCCGCUUGGGAACAAAUGGCCAACGAGCUCACGACUCCGACAGACAUCUUCAUCUACCGCUUCCGCAACAACGAUCCCGUCAAUUUCAAGCAGAACGUCGAGUACAUGACCGACCUGGCCAGCUGGUUGAAGCUGUACGGUUACGAUAUCUCCGCGAUGCUCGGCUCCGAGUACAUGAAGCAAAUGGUGUAUCAGCCCAGUGCCACGAUCACGUCGCCUCAACUGACCCCAGACUUCGGCGUCAUGUCCGGUCUGCAGUGCAUCGUGAACAGGGUACACGAGAAAUUCUCGGACCUCGGUUUCGUUCCAAAGCCGCUGCUCAAGCUGGAGCCAAAGACGAGGAACCUGCUUCCUCGAGUGGCCCAUCGUCGAGCCGUCUUUGGUGAAGGAAUCCUAGUGUCGAGAGUGGGCGGGAGAGCGCUGGUCAGCGUGGUGGACGGCGUGAACAGCGUGGUCCAGGACGUGGUGACGUCUGUGUUCAAUAAUUCGUACUUCCUACCUCUGCACUUCAGCGUCCACGACCAAGACGUGUUCUACUUCGUGAAGGACAACGCGCUGAAAAUCCGCGACGACAUGGAGGAGCUUCGUCGUCUCGGUGGAAUGUUCAACGUGUCGACCCACGAGACGACCGAACACGGCGCGGGCACCUGGAAAGAAUUAAGGUUGCACAAUCCGGACGCGGCGGUGGUGAUCAAGUACGGGGCUGAUCCGGAGCAAGAGAGACAUAGAAUAUUGAAACACGCCCACAAGAGAGCAGUGGAGAGAGCCUGGGAGAUAGAGAAGCAGUUGGUGAUGGCUGGUUUCCAAGGUAGGGGCGACUGGUCCAAAGAAGAGAAGGACGAGCUGAUCAGCAGAGGGACAGUCAGCGGCUACGAGGGUGUGGACAUUCACAGUGUGCACAGAUACCCGCAGUUGGCCGACGACCCGGGCAACGUGGCGUUCACGCGUGACACGAAGAGGAAACGAAGAAAGAGCGGCAACAGGCGUAACAGGAUCCACAGGCACGACUCGUGAUUCGAGGAUGUGACGCGCGAUCGUGACGCCGUUUGGGACUUGAUUCACGCGCCCACGUGAAUCGCGGACAAAGAACGAAAAAGAAAAAGAACAAAAAACGUACCGAAAGAACACUGAAGAGAGACAAGACUAACGUUCGUUCCAUCGAGCCUCGUGUGUUCGAAGGCUCGUCGCAUACGUGCCCGUCUAUCCUCUAAAUCAUCCUCACCCUCCCCCGAUCGUUCUCUCUGCCCUCUUCUCGUCCGCACUCGUGGAUGAAAGAGAAGAAAAAGAAGAAAAAAAAAAAAGAAAAAAAA